GUAUGGGUCGGUGAAAACCGGAAGCUAGCAGCCCUUGGAAUUGCUGUUUCGCACGGAGUUUCAUAUCAUGGUAUUGCGUUGAACUGUAACACGGAUUUGAGUUGGUAUGAUCACGUUGUCGGAUGCGGCAUUGAGGGAGCCGAAGCGACGUCCUUAAGUCGAGAAUGUUGUCGAGAUAUUUCUAUUGACGAAACGUUACCGAAAAUGGUAAAGCAGUUUGCGAGUGUGUUCAACUGUGAUGUGGUAUGA